CGACGGCAACAAACAAGCAACCCACGAAGUCCUUGUUCCCACGCUUCAUAGAUUCAUUUUAGAUUCCAAAUUUCCAAUGGCCACCGUCUCCCCCGCUUCUGCCUGGCCAAACGAUUCCACCUCCGCCUCAGAUUCCGACUCCACUCUUCCCUCUCACCACCGCGAUCGUGGAGAAGACGACACCGAGUCUCUCGAUUCCUUCUCCUCCAUGAGCCUCAACUCCGAAGAGGUCCCCCAUAAUUCCGAUCGAAUUCCCGAUUCCAACCGUGACGUCGUCAAUACUCAAACGCCGUCGUUGCUCCACCUCUCCUUCAACCAAGACCACGCCUGCUUCGCCGUCGGCACCGACCGCGGCUUCCGGAUCCUCAACUGCGACCCCUUCCGCGAAAUCUUCCGGCGCGAUUUCGAUCGCGGCGGCGGGGUCGCGGUCGUGGAGAUGCUCUUCAGAUGCAACAUCCUAGCGCUCGUGGGAGGAGGACCUGAUCCGCAGUAUCCUCCCAACAAGGUCAUGAUCUGGGACGAUCACCAGAGCAGAUGCAUCGGCGAACUCUCCUUCAGGUCCGAUGUUCGAUCCGUUAGGCUCAGGAGGGAUCGGAUCAUCGUCGUUCUUGAGCAGAAGAUUUUUGUUUAUAAUUUCGCGGAUUUGAAGCUGUUGCAUCAGAUUGAGACUAUUGCGAACCCUAAGGGGUUGUGCGCGGUGUCUCAGGGGGCGGGUUCGAUGGUGUUGGUGUGCCCUGGUUUGCAGAAAGGGCAAGUGAGGAUUGAGCAUUAUGCUUCGAAACGGACUAAGUUCGUUAUGGCUCAUGAUUCGAGGAUUGCUUGCUUCGCUCUCACGCAGGAUGGGCAUUUGUUGGCUACGGCUAGCUCUAAGGGGACUCUGGUUCGUGUGUUUAAUACUGUUGAUGGCACCUUGUGCCAAGAGGUUAGGAGGGGUGCAGAUAGAGCAGAGAUAUAUAGUCUGGCUUUCUCUUCAAAUGCUCAGUGGUUAGCUGUCUCAAGUGACAAAGGAACCGUCCAUGUCUUUGGUCUCAAAGGCAACUCCGGCUCUCAAGUGAAAGACACACCACGAAUUGCAGCUGAACUUACUCGUACUUCCUCACACCCAUCCUCGUCCCUGUCAUUAUUUAAAGGAGUGUUGCCCAAGUAUUUCAGCUCGGAGUGGUCGGUGGCUCAAUUCCGGUUGGUGGAAGGAACUCAGUACAUAGUCGCCUUUGGCCAUCAGAAAAAUACUGUUGUUAUUCUUGGCAUGGAUGGGAGCUUCUACAGGUGCCAGUUUGAUCCGGUGAAUGGGGGAGAAAUGUCUCAGCUUGAGUAUCACAACUGUCUAAAACCUCCUUCUGUUUUCUAGAUGAAACUAUUUUCUCUUUAGUUCCUUCUAUCUUUAUCUCUGCCUACUUAAGUGGUGAGAUUUG